AAGGAGGUUGACGUGGAGGCUAUGGCGGGUGAUUGCCUCGCUUUUCUAAGGCAACGAGAAUGAAGAGUGGCAAAACUGGUGAACAGCUGAAAACGACACGGUAUGUGGCUCAAGAGAUUCGCCUUGCUAGGAAACAUGAAGAGAUACUCUCUCAGAGAUCGGUGCUGCUACAGCAGAUGGAGACUUAUCUGGGAGACAAAAAGACUAAGAAGGCAUGGCAAACUCAAGCAGCUGAUGCAGCUCGUAAAAGGAAUGCAGCACUUCUAAAUGAUAUAGAAGCAGCAGAAAAAAAGCUGCAAGGAAGAGUGUAUUUACUUCCACAUCCUGAUACUGUUAAGUUAGAAACUCUCUACUGGGCGUCAGUAGAAGAAUCCCUUCCCAAAUGGGAGCAUUUCCUUUUAGGAAGAGCAGAGGCUCCUAUUGGCUUUAAGAAAAUGAAAUCUACAAAACAGAACAUAAGCUCCCCAAAAGAAGAGUCACAAAAAUAAACAUUCUGGGUUUGUUUCCUCUUUUCUGACUUAAGUAAGCAAUAUCAUGCUGAUCAGGCAAUGGAAUAUCGUGUUGUUAAAUUGCAAUGUAAAUCAUUAAAUGAAAAUUAUCUAUACUAGAUGGUUUGCUUUCACUGUCUCAAUGUGUAAAUUUGUUUAGUAUAAACGGUAUUUUUGCCUGAGGAGAGCUAAACCAUCAUUCCUCAUGAUAGGAAGAACUAUCCAGUUCAAACGGGCUUUUAGAAUCAGAAGUGGAACUCUGGUGCAUGGAAAAACAGCGGGACAAUUUCCUCUUCAGUAUGGGAAGAGUUUUAGGGAUUCUCUUUUGAAUGUUCUGCUUAUACAUGUUAGUGUGAUGAGUAAAGACGCAUUCAUGUGCUGUCUUUCUUCUUUGUCAUGAAUGCUGCAAAUGUCUUUGUGGAUGAGGGAGAAGGGAAGAAUUUAUCCUUAACAGGAAGGGCAAGCAGAUUACAUCAGACAAUAGUCUUUGGUUUAGAAUUGCAAACCUAUGCACGAACCUUAGUGCCAGCAGCUGUACAAGAAGCACCUGGAAUGUCCACAUUUGCUUUCCCUGAUUGCUACUGGCUUUGCUUCCACCCUUUGCUCCAGGAACUACUGCUGCUUUUCCC